AUGCUUUCAAAGGAUAUCGGAGUUCAAAAUGAUAUCUUUAGGAAGGCUUCUUCUGCAGGCCGGCUAAACCAUUCAUCUGACCUUUUGCCUGGCAACCAGACCUCCGAGUUCUGCAGUGCCGGUUGCCCUAGUUGCCCCAGUGGCCUGACAACUGGUGAGCUUCCAUGCUCCAGCAGCAACGGCAUAAAACCAGCC